CGGCCCCUGUGAUGAGUGCCACGGUCACUGAACUAAAAAUCUCCAAGUUUGCCAGGUGGCGAGAUGUCGAUGUCACCAUGCUGGAGGUUGCCACGGGUAUGGGGUUCUUGUGUAAGGUGGUGGCAAUGGUGGACAUCCUCCUGGCCUUCACACAGCUGUCUCAGCUGGACAGUGACACCGCUCGGUUCUCAAUGGAGGUGGAGAAAUCUCGAUCCACCAUCGAGGCCGUCAAGAGUGGGCUUUCCAUGCCUCUGAGUGUGUCCAGCAACACAGUCCGCCACAGAUCCUCAAGAACCUCUUCACAGCGUCAGGCAUCGCAUGACCGUGUUGCCAUGGAGAUGGAGGAAGCCACACUGGUUGCCGAGGGCGACGACCCACCAGGUCCUGAU